GGAGGGGGAGCUCGUAGCUGGCGCCCUAGUCGGGAGCCUGUAUUAUAUCCCCUUUUCCAUUUGCUGGCCUGAUGCAAUGUCCUUUUGUUCAACGGCAGGCCAUGGAGAAAAUGGGGAGGGAGACGAGGAUGCAUAAUCAAACCCGGACGGGAUAAACGGAGCUCUAAUGAGAUGCUAUACCCUUAAUGCGAUUUCAAUAGCAAUCUGGUGUAAACGAUCAUAGGUUAUCUUUUCAUCUCGACCUUACGAGCCGGCAAAAUGGGAGAAGAAAUCUCUUCGAGAGGAACGGUCCUCAUCACCGGCCUUAACGGCUACCUCGCCGGCCGAGUCGCCGAGUCGGUGUUGAAGGCCGGGUACAGCGUGCGCGGCACCGUGCGUAACAUGGCAGCCGGUAACGAAGUUAAAAAAGUGCUACGGGAUAUGGGUUACGGAGACGCGGUGGAAGUUGUAUACGUUCGGGACAUGGCCGAGGCCGGCGCCUUCGAUGAGGCCGUGAUUGGGUGUUCCUCGAUUCUUCAUCUCGCCGCUCCAGUCGACGAGACGUGGACCCUGGAACCGCCUGCUUUGCUGCGGAUGGUCGUAAAUAGUACGACGGGGAUACUCAACUCGGCACUAAAAGCCGGUGCGGCACUACAGAGCGUAGUGUUGAUGUCAUCAUCUGCCGCGAACUUCGACGUACCCCCUGAGCCCGGUGUCUACUCGGAGAAGGACUGGAAUAAAACGUCAGAAGCUGCCAUAGAAAAGCUCGGCCGGGAUGCUGGUGGCCUGCACGCCUACUGUGGGAGCAAGACCGCGGCCGAGAGGUUAUUCUGGCGGUUUCACGACGAGAACAAGCCAGCCUUCAGCAUGACUACCAUCCAAGCUACCUACUUCAUCGGGCCGCCCCUAGUGCCGUGGAAGAAGGAACGGAUCCCGUACUCGCUCAGCCCCACCUGGAAGCUGCUGCAGGGCGAGGAGGUGCCGGGGCCGAUGCUGCUGUACGAGGCGACGAUCGACGUGCGGGACGUGGCGCGCGUAAUCGUGUGGGCGGCGCUGCCGGAGCAGCACGCGGGUGCGGCCGACGGCGAGCGCUUCCUCUGCUCGUCGGCGGUGGGCAACGCUCAGGCCAUCGCCGACAUCCUCAACGAGCGGCUACCCGCACUCCAAGUCGCGCGUGGCACACCCGGCCACGGUUACGAGCCAGACUACUCGGCGCCCACCGGCGGCGAUAUCGUUGCUUUCGACGGGAGCAAGGCUGUCGCGGCCACCGGCCAGCCCUGGAUACCGUACGAGACGAGCAUCGUCGACACGGCACUGUUCCUGAAGCGGAACUACCUCGGGUAGCGAGAGAGUGUCCACACACACACAUACACACACACACAAAGCACAUACGCGAAGCACACGUACAUAUUUGGCAGGUAUGGGUUGGAAAGGGAUGUAAUAUGGCAAGUGAGUCCGUGUUGGCGGGAUCGAAAUGGUCACUUCGAUGUUCAGCUGGGGGAGCGAGCUCGAUCUUGCUUGGGGAGAUAAGGUCAGGCGGCCCAAGAACCCUGGGUUCGAAGAAAAGGCGGAGAUGAAAAAGAAGGCGAGAGAUGACGAGAAAAUCCACUGGGGAUGAGAUGAGGGCGGAAACACAGUCGCGGUUUCUCCACAACACAGAACCGCCGCUGCCCCCGGGUGCUUCUACCACCAACGUCCAGGACAUGUUAAUCACUUAUGCAAUCUAGCGACCGCCGAAGCGAGACUUGACUUUAUCGAGAUGAUAGAUGUCUAGAUGUAAUAUGACACCGAUAUGGACACCCACAAGCCGUCUUACUUAUAAGACAAUGCCGCUUGGAUCAGAUCUCCUCCUUCCAAUCCACCAAGAAAACAACUUCGCCAGUUCCACCCAGUGGUAUUGUCGCGUAAAACGUAGACGCCUACACUUACGCUUUGCGGUAUGUAGGUUUAUAAGGGCUGACUCAAUUGCUACGUGAC